AUGCAAGACGCCAACGCCACCGGUUAUGUGGCUGGGACAGUGGGCCCCUCUGCGUCCUCCGCGGCACAGCAGAGCACUGCCAGCAGCGCAACAACAGCGAACGUCGUCACGGCAGCGGACGGCACCGUGAUGCUGGCGGCGCCGCUCGGACUGCAGUCGACGGUGCUUUCCCAGCCCUCCUUCUUUCCCUCCUUGGGCGAGGAUUUUGGCGACGUCACCGAAGAGGGCGACAUCCUCUUUCCAAUCCUCGGUGACCCGUGGAGCCGCGUGCGGCGCGGCCAGUCGCCGUGCCGCCGCCUCCAAUCAACGUCGACGACAUCACCGCCGCAGUCGCCGCCCGCCCGCGAGGCCGUCACGGUGCCGGUGAGCCUGUGCUUCUCCACGACUUUGUGUAUGCAGCCAGUGCUGACGUUACCGCGAAGGAUGGGCGUGCUGAUGGCCAGGGAGGUGUUCCGCGCCCUCAUGUGCUUCCACAACGCCGCCGACUACAGCCUGAAGCAGGCGAACUUUCAUGUAGGCGUGGGGCAACCGUCGGCAUCCCUGCGACAGCCCUUAAUGCGCCGCACUGUGGCGACGCUGAAGCCCAAAUCGAACUACACAAUUAUUGCAGCUGUACCACUGAGCGAGGCGAGCACCUACGCACUGUCGGUGGCCGUAGACUACUGUGACCCGAGCGGGCGGCAGCGGCAGCUCACGUGGAGCACCACGUUCAAGGCGGAGCAGUCGAUCAUGGAAGUGCAGCCGAGGUGUCUGCGAUAUGUGCGGCCGAUAUGGACGGCAGACACCCAAGCAGACGUCGCUGGCGACUACAGGGAGUCCGAGUUGCGCUCGUCAGCGUUCACGCGUGCGUACGCGCACUAUCAGCUGAGCAUUGGCCUAAAGAACAUGUCCAGCGUGCCGCUCCAUCUCGUCGCCUCUGAAUGGGUUCUGCCAAGCCUCACCAAUCACCGCGGCGCGGCUGUUUUUUGUGAGGUGAUGGGAAGCGAUGGCCGCGUGGAACGCGCGAAGCUGCAAAACAGCGGCGGCACUACAUCGGCCAGAGCAGGCAAAUCGGAUACACCCGCGCCGGUCCUCCUCAUGCCAGGCGACACGCACUCGCUACUCUUCAAGGUUGGCAUUCUCCUGGAGGAGCUGCGACACCCUACGGUGGUGCACGGCCGCGGCGGCGUCAUGACACGUCUGCUGAGUCCUCGGCUCGCAUCACUCGGACACGUCGAGUGGGCGUGGUGCCGCGCGAAUGGAGAAACGGGAGCGGCGCAGAGCGCACUGCUGCGCGUUGAGCAGCUCUUGGCGGAGGCAGAGGUGGAGUUGCUCGUUACACACGUCACCGCCGAAUCAGCGGCCCACCCUUCGACACCACCACCGUCGUCUAAGGCGACAGCUGCGGAGGUCGGUGACGCUGAGGCAGCUGAUCGUCACCACCACCUGCCGUACGAGUGGGCACCCUCUGCGCCUCUCCUCGCUGGGUCGCCAGUCACGGCACACUUCACUGUGCUCAACCACAGCAACGUGCAGCGCUACGACGUGGCGGUUAAAGUUCGCGUAGAGCGUCUAGCGCCGCAGUGGCUCUACACAGGACCGACCGUGCGCCCACUCGGUCUUCUAGGCCCUGCAAGCAGCUUAGCUUUUUCUCUGACGCUCCUGCCAUGGCAGGCAGGGUGGCUGAAUAUCUCGCGUGACGCCAUCGAGCUCGUGGAUGCCCGCAUGUCGGAGACCGUCCUGUGGCCGCCGCCGGAGGCUGCCGUGCUGCAGCCCGUCUUGGCCAAGCACGCUGCCGCCCUCGGCGGAGCAGCCAGCAGCAGCGGCUACAAGGAAGACGCGAACGAUGGUGCAACGCUGGCAGCGACAGCGCCGGCGAUCGCGGCGGUACCCAUGAAGGCCCUCCCGGCUGCCGAUGCCAACCUGUUGUGCAAUGCGUUGGUCCUCUGA